AGGAGCCCGCGGGAUGCGGUGAAGGGCGAGCGGCGCGGCGGCGGCGAUGAGCGCCUCGGCGGCCACCGGGGUGUUCGUGCUGUCGCUCUCGGCCAUCCCUGCCACCUACAUCUUCGACCGCCUCGCGGCUCAACGCGAGUUAAAGCCCCAGGGGUCUAGCUCCUUUCCCACAGGACUUGCUUCUCACUGCACCUUGCAGGCCACAGCUUAGCCUGGCUUAGCACUGUCAGCCCAGCCCAGCCCAGCGCCCUGCACAAAGGAGGCUUUUGCUGAUGUUUGACUUUGGUAACUUGAGCUGAGAAGUAGAACAAGCAAACAGGGUGGAGACCAUGAGAGGAAGCUGUGAAUCAGUUCACAGGGCUCUCUCAGACUUCAGAGGCACACCAGUCCUGUGGUCCUGCUUUCCUGGACAGUCGUAGGGGUUGCUGCCCUCAUCCUGCUCCUGGUAGCCCUGCUGGCUCGAGUUCUUGUCAAAAGAAAGCCACCUCGGGAUCCACUGUUCUAUGUGUACGCUGUCUUCGGAUUUACCAGCGUGGUGAACCUCAUCAUAGGGCUGGAGCAAGAUGGCGUCAUCGAUGGCUUCAUGACCCACUACCUGAGAGAGGGUGAACCCUAUCUGAACACUGCCUAUGGGCACAUGAUCUGCUACUGGGAUGGCUCUGCUCAUUAUCUGAUGUACCUAGUGAUGGUGGCGGCGAUAGCAUGGGAGGAAAGUUACAGAACCAUUGGCUUAUAUUGGGUUGGAUCUAUUAUCAUGAGCAUAGUUGUUUUUGUGCCCGGAAACAUUGUAGGGAAGUAUGGAACACGAAUAUGCCCGGCUUUUUUCUUAAGCAUACCAUACACUUGUCUUCCUGUAUGGGCUGGUUUCAGAAUCUAUAAUCAGCCAUCAGAAAAUUAUAAUUAUCCUUCAAAGGUCAUCCAAGAAGCUCAAGCAAAAGACCUGCUGAGAAGACCAUUUGAUUUAAUGCUAGUCAUAUGUCUGCUACUGGCAACUGGAUUUUGCCUGUUUAGAGGCUUGAUUGCUUUGGACUGCCCAGCUGAGCUCUGCCGAUUGUAUACACAAUUUGAAGAGCCCUACCUAAAGGAUCCUGCAGCUUAUCCUAAAAUUCAGAUGCUGGCGUAUAUGUUCUAUUCUGUUCCUUACUUUGUGAUUGCGCUUUAUGGCCUAGUGGUUCCUGGAUGCUCCUGGAUGCCUGACAUAACACUGAUACAUGCUGGAGGUCUAGCUCAGGCUCAGUUUUCUCACAUUGGUGCUUCUCUCCAUGCUAGAACUGCUUAUGUCUACAGAGUCCCUGAAGAAGCGAAAAUCUUUUUUUUAGUAUUAAACAUAGCAUAUGGAGUUCUUCCUCAGCUCUUGGCCUAUCGUUGUAUCUACAAACCGGAGUUCUUCAUAAAAAGAAAGUCAGAUGAAAAAGUGGAAUAAAAAUGGUAUACCAUGUU